GUUCAUUGUAUUACUGGUUUAUGAUAAUUAUACAUUAGAAAUAAUUAAAUAAAAAAUAAUGAAGAAAACCAUCAAGUAGAAAGUAAAGAUGUUAGGAGCUUUAGAAUUGGAUCGUCAAAUGAAAAGAAAAUUGGAAUCUACAAAUUACUCGAUAUUAUAGAAUUUUGAUGUAUUUCAACACCCAUAUUGCAGUAUUUUCGAUCUCUUUUAGAAAGACCACAUAAACACUAUUCUGAUGUUGAGUAAUUGAAGAAAUUCUUAUAGCACAUACCAUAUCUAAAAGUAAUAACAGAA